AGUAAUAAAAUUGAGAGAGAGAAAAAAACAUAGAAUUUUAAAACUGCAACAAAAGCCAACGCUUCAUGUCUGAAGCUACUGUGUUGACCGGCACAAAUAAUAUCGUAUCUGGAAAAAAAUGCAUUGAAAUCGACAUCAAUGACAUUUGUGAACAGUAUCAGUCGGUUGAACAAAUCAGUGCUUUGUUAUCAGCUUCUAUGGACGUUUGGAAAAAGGAUUCUGUGCGUUAUAUUCACAUCAAAACACCAAGAAAUUCUUUUACCGCAAAACUUGCUGUUAUCGAAUCGAUUCUCAUUAAGAAAUUUGGAUGCAAAGUUAUUGAUGGAGAAUCACAUACGAUAUUUGAAAAAAUAUUGGAUCCAAUUUCUGAUGUGGUCCAAGAGGGUAAUCAAGUUGACGAAUGCAGUUCUGGUAACGAUACAGAAACAUUGAGCUCACGAACUAUUUCGGCGGACGGUUCGGAUUCGAAAUCAACGAUUGAUCGCUACGAACUCAGUACGCCCAAUAAUAAUCCAUCUGCACCUCAGUCACCAAUUACAUACACAGAUAGUACCGCAAGUGAUGUGGCUGAUAUACAACAUGCCGCUGUUUUAAAUUUUUCGGGCCGCUUUGGCUGUAGUGCUCAACAAAUCCAAGACCUAAAUCUGCCGAAUGCAGAUCCAGAUUUAGAGUAAUGAAAAUAAAAUUCCAUCUUUUUUGUCCUGUUACCGUUGCUGUCUUCAGUCGAACAUUAUCCGCAUUAAAUACAUCAAAUCUUAGCUAUUUGGCCAAUCACAAGAUAUGAAUAUUUAAACAAAUAUAUGUUAGAAGAAAACACACACACACACACAAAAAAAAUUAGGGCCUAUUUCGAAAAUUUCAAAAAUAGAAACCAAAUUAAAUAAGAUAACUAAAUUUGUAAACAUCCCAAUAAACAUCCUCUCACUAAAA